CUCGGCCCGGCGCCGCCGCCGCCUCCGCCUCCCUUUGCCUUUCUCCCGUGCGGCGCUUUCCGCCCGGCGGCGGGGCCCGGACACGCGGCCGGGAGCGGCGGCUGCCGAGGGGAUUGCAGUUACGGAAGAUAGACACCCGGGAGAUUCUACCUUCUGCCAUGGCUCAGUUUGGAGGACAGAAAAAUCCCCCUUGGGCUACUCAGUUUACAGCCACUGCGGUGUCUCAGCCAGCUGCCCUGGGCGUGCAGCAGCCCUCGCUGCUGGGAGCCUCCCCGACCCUGUACACGCAGCAGACGGCGCUGGCAGCCGCGGGGCUGACCACGCAGACCCCCACCAACUACCAGCUGACACAGAGCGCCGCGCUCCAGCAGCAGGCGGCAGCCGCGGCCGCGGCCCUGCAGCAGCAAUAUUCUCAACCUCAGCAGACUCUCUAUAGUGUACAACAACAGUUGCAGCAACCUCAGCAGACCCUUUUAACUCAGCCGGCAGUCGCGCUCCCGACCAGCCUGAGCCUGUCCACGCCGCAGCCGGCAGCGCAGAUCACUGUCUCCUACCCCGCCCCCCGCUCCAGCCAGCAGCAAACCCAGCCGCAGAAGCAGCGUGUCUUCACUGGCGUGGUCACUAAGCUGCAUGACACCUUUGGCUUUGUCGAUGAAGAUGUCUUUUUUCAGCUUAGUGCUGUUAAAGGCAAGACACCUCAGGUGGGUGACAGAGUUCUGGUAGAAGCUACUUACAACCCCAACAUGCCCUUCAAAUGGAACGCCCAAAGGAUCCAGACGCUGCCGAACCAGAACCAGAGCCAGGCGCAGCCGCUGCUGAAGACGCCGCCGGCCGUCCUGCAGCCCAUCGCGCAGCAGACCUUCGGCGUCCAGGCGCAGCCGCAGCCGCAGUCCCUGCUGCAGGCGCAGAUCUCGGCAGCCUCCAUCACACCUCUGCUCCAGACACAGCCCCAGCCGCUGCUGCAGCAGCCACAGCAGAAAGGUGGUUUGCUGCAGCCCCCAGUCCGUCUGGUUUCACAGCCACAACCAGCUCGAAGACUAGACCCACCAUCCAGGUUUUCUGGGAGGAAUGACCGAGGUGGAGACCCUAUGCCAAACCGAAAAGAUGACAGGAGUCGUGAAAGAGAGCGAGAGAGGCGCAGGUCCCGGGAAAGAUCUCCGCAGAGGAAACGCUCCCGCGAGCGAUCGCCCCGGCGCGAGAGGGAGAGGUCCCCGCGGAGACCGCGGCGCGUCGUUCCUCGUUACACCGUGCAGUUCUCCAAGUUCUCGUUGGACUGCCGUAGCUGUGAUAUGAUGGAGCUGAGGAGGCGUUACCAGAACUUGUACAUCCCCAGCGACUUCUUUGAUGCUCAGUUCACGUGGGUGGAUGCUUUCCCUAUGUCUAGACCAUUUCAGCUGGGAAACUACUGUAAUUUCUAUGUAAUGCAUAGAGAAGUAGAUCCUAUAGAUAAGAACGCUGCUGUCCUUGAUCCACCUGAUGCUGAUCAUCUCUACAGUGCUAAGGUGAUGUUGAUGGCUAGUCCUAGCAUGGAAGAUCUCUACCACAAGUCAUGUGCUCUGGCUGAGGAUCCCCAAGAACUUCGUGAUGGAUUUCAGCAUCCUGCUAGACUUGUAAAGUUUUUAGUGGGUAUGAAAGGCAAAGAUGAAGCUAUGGCUAUUGGAGGACACUGGUCCCCCUCACUGGACGGACCUGAUCCAGAAAAGGACCCUUCGGUGCUGAUAAAGACGGCAAUUCGUUGUUGCAAGGCUCUUACAGGGAUUGACUUAAGUGUGUGCACGCAAUGGUACCGUUUUGCAGAGAUUCGCUACCAUCGCCCUGAGGAGACCCACAAGGGGCGUACAGUUCCAGCUCAUGUGGAGACAGUGGUUUUAUUUUUCCCGGAUGUUUGGCAUUGCCUUCCCACCCGCUCAGAGUGGGAAACCCUCUCCCGAGGAUACAAGCAGCAGCUGGUCGAGAAGCUUCAGGGUGAACGCAAGGAGGCUGAUGGAGAACAGGAUGAAGAGGAAAAGGAUGAUGGGGAAGCUAAAGAGAUCUCUACGCCUACACACUGGUCUAAACUGGAUCCAAAAACAAUGAAGGUAAAUGACCUUCGCAAAGAAUUAGAAAGUCGAACCCUUAGCUCUAAGGGACUGAAAUCUCAGCUGAUAGCUCGACUGACAAAGCAGCUGAAAGUUGAGGAGCAAAAAGAAGAGCAAAAGGAGCUAGAGAAGUCUGAGAAAGAAGAGGAAGAGGAGGAGGAUAGGAAAUCUGAAGAUGAUAAAGAGGAGGAGGAAAGAAAACGGCAGGAGGAGCUGGAGCGUCAGCGGCGGGAGCGGCGCUACAUCCUGCCGGAUGAGCCGGCCAUCAUCGUGCACCCCAACUGGGCAGCCAAGAGCGGCAAGUUUGACUGCAGCAUCAUGUCUCUGAGCGUCCUGCUGGAUUACAGGCUGGAGGAUAACAAAGAGCAUUCCUUCGAGGUAUCAUUGUUUGCAGAACUCUUCAAUGAAAUGCUUCAGAGAGAUUUUGGUGUCAGAAUUUAUAAAGCACUGAUUUCUCUCCCAGAGAGAGAGGACAAAAAGGACAAAAAAAGCAAAAAAGAUGAGAGAAAAGAAAAAAAAGAAGAAAAAGACGAUGAAACUGAUGAUCCAAAACCUAAAAGAAGAAAAUCUGGAGACGAUAAAGAUAAAAAAGAAGAGAGAGAUGAAAAGAAGAGGGAAGAUAAAAGGAAAGAUGAUUCUAAAGAUGAAGAAGAAACGGAAGAGGACAAUAAUCAAGAAGAAUACGAUCCAAUGGAGGCAGAAGAGGCUGAAGAUGAAGAUGAAGACCGGGACGAAGAGGAAAUGAACAAACGGGAGGACAGAAAAGAAGGAAAUAAGCACUGUAAAGAGAGGGCAUCUAAAGAUAAAGAGAAAGACAAGACGCAGAUGGUAACUGUUAACAGGGAUCUCCUGAUGGCUUUUGUUUAUUUUGAUCAAAGUCAUUGUGGAUACCUUCUGGAGAAGGACAUGGAGGAGAUCCUGUACACUCUUGGACUUCACCUGUCACGUGCUCAGGUCAAGAAGCUGCUUAAUAAAGUAGUGCUUCGAGAAUCUUGUUUUUACAGAAGACUAACAGACACUUCUAAAGAUGAAGAAAACCAAGAGGAGUCUGAAGAGCUUCAGGAAAAGUUGUUAGGGAACCGGCUGCUGCUGCCGUCGCCCGCAGUGAAGCAGGAGUGCAAGGCCGUGGAGGAGAACGUGGGGCUCAUCGUGUACAACGGAGCCAUGGUGGAUGUGGGCAGCCUCCUGCAGAAGCUGGAGAAGAGUGAAAGGGUGCGGGCAGAGAUCGAGCAAAAGCUGCAGCUACUAGAAGAAAAAACAGAUGAGGAUGAGAAAACCAUACUACAACUGGAGAAUUCUAACAAAAGUCUAUCUGCGGAGCUAAAAGAAGUAAAAAAGGACCUUGGCCAACUGCAAGAAAAUUUGAAGACCUCAGAUGAUAAAAAAUUGCAAUUCGAGGGUCAGCUGAAUAAGACAAUCAAAAAUUUAGCUACUGUUAUGGAUGACAUACAGAGUGUUCUCAAACAGGACAUUGUGAAGAACGAAGAUAAAGAUCAGAAAUCCAAAGAAAAUGGAGCAAACGUAUGAUAAACUGCUGCUGUUUAGAAGAAUGGUGUUACAUAAUGUAAUAUAAAUCAUGAUACCAGAAUGUAUGGGAAGUGAUGCAUGUUUGAUUUUAGUAGUAUAAAUAUCUUAGUUCCAAAAGAUGUAUAAAGUUUUAUGAAUGUGUCUGCUCCAGAAGAUUGCUUGUAAUUCUUAGCAUUCAAGUUGAGACACUCCUCGAGUGAAAAUAAUUUUGCAUUGCGAAAAGUUUUAGGAUGAACUUUGUUAUAGUUUUAACCCUAAUAAAGUUCAUCAAUGUAACGAACAGUAGCAAGUAUUUAAUUACCAAAUGUUUUUCAUUGAAGUCUAGUGAAAUCAAAAUUUUCAUUAUUUAUAGACUUGCCAUUUUUUGGUUUUUGUCUUUAUUUCGGUCUAAUUAGUCUUUUUAAAUUCAAAUAUAAAUCACAAAGUAGCAUGCUGCUUAAUUUUACAAGUAAAGUUUUUUUUAAAAAACAGCUUCUUGGGUUUUUUUGGUUUUUUUGGUUUUUUUGUUUUCACUUGUCACAACUUUUUUUCCCUUCUAAAUAUAAUUUUCUUUCCCAAAGCUGCUUGUAUUAAAGCCUUGUACUAUACAGCAGUUUGGAUGAGUUAAGAAAGCAAUAGAAACCUACCAAAAUACUGGUAGAGUUGUAAGAUUUAUAUGAAAAUACGUGGGCCUGGUUUAAAUGUGUGUCAUUUAUGUUCACUAAAUUGUUCUUAUCUUUGGGUUAAUGUAUAUACUCCUUUUGAAUAACAAAUGCAGUAUAUUUUGACCUGUGGUUGGAUAGCAGGCCAGCAGAUGUCAGAAUAAUGCCUUACAUGGAGAAAAGGCUGCCAGUGUAAACUGCCUUGGGUUAAAUUUGGACUGACAAAAUGGGUAAUUACUGCUAAGACUUCAGUCCAACCAAAAAACAGAUCCACCAGUAACUGUACUGCAUAUUGUAAUUACGAAGGAGCAGGAGGCAACUUGGUUUGUUGAGAAGGUGGCCUUUCUUUGUGCUCACAAAUCACUAGGGAUGGAAACUCACAGGUUAAUGUGACUUCCUUGUCACAGGCAACUUACUCAAAGAAUGUGAAAUAUCAACAGUUGUAUUUUGGUGCAACUUUCAGGAAAAUUAAGGGGUUUGAAAGUUAGGACAGAAGUGUUUUCUUACAGAAAUGGUUAAUUUUAGCAGAUGUUUUCUUUUUUAGCCUAGAUGUCCUAGGUAACUAAAUACCUGUUAGGAAAGUCCAAGUGCCAUAAUAUGUAUGAAUAAUCUACAUGGAAACUCAUGUAGCUUUAAUGAGAUACACAUUAAAAUGCCUGAAUUUAUGUUCAAAAGAGUCUAAGCUGGUGCUUUUAUCACUUACCUUUCUUGGCUCUUUUGGAGCUAGACAAGUGAAAUAUCUUUCAUUCAAGUAACAUGCAUAAGCUUCCCCCUCAUUCAUCUCAUUUGAGUCAUUGUACAAUACCUGAACUGUUCACAGUCAAGUAGGAAAUACUAUAAAAACACUAAUUGUAUAUAAGGACACAGAAAAUACAUGCUUUAAAAAUUGGGAGAUAACAUCUCAGAGUGAUUGAAUGAGGAUGGUGAUAAAUUUAUCUUAUGAAAAGCAUUAUCUGUGGUGUACAGAUGGUGUUAAAUUCUUUUGUAAUCAAAUUAUAUUUUUCACCUUUACCUUUGUACAGAUUGUUGACAGCAUGUUUAAUUUUUGAUGUUGAGCACCAUUGUGUAAAUGGACUUGAAAGAAUUGCAUCUGAAAUACUUUGUUCCUGAAUUUCAGCAGUAUGUGUGAACAUACAAGAAAAUGAGUCUAGAAUUUAAGAUAACAUUUUAGGCACACUGAAACAUCUGAAAUAUUUUGCUUGAGUAUUUUUACCUUGAACUGCUGAGCUGAAAGCAGUUUUAGAACAAGCAGGCCUCCUCAUCUCGUUCUUCAGUGAGGGGCCCUGUGAGACAGUUGCUAGAGUGAUACAGAUUUUUACAAUAUUUAAGAAAAAGAGUAUUUGUUAGAAUGACUGUAAUCUUUCUCUAUAUUGAUUUGAUGUAAUAGUGUUUCAGAUACUAUGUACAGUCUGCAUUUAUGUUGGAAAGGAAAUUAAAUGGGUAAAGAAUAACGGGGAAAAAAAAAAAAAAAACAAGGAAAAGUUCUACAACCUACACAGAACUUGACCAAUCUCCUGAAGCACAAAUACUCUGAGGGAGAACAGGCACCUCUUAAAACUGUGUGAUUUGCUGGGCCAAACAGCACAAAGUUCUGCAUAUGACCCAUAUUGAUGCUGUGUAUUAGCUAAAGCUUCUUAGUGUUAUUCCCAGAAAUAUAACUCAUUCUAAGGAAAAUUGAAUAGAGUAUCAGUAAUGGAGGUUUGGAGAAUCAGUCUUUUGUCUGUUUUGAUUUAUGAGCAAAGUUUUUGUAUUUCAUGUCCACAUUUCCCACCUUACAGUCUUUGUACUUUUGAGUUGUUUGUUAUGUCCCAGUUAGUGGCAAGAGGCUGCUGAAAGUGAGCCUUGGCAUCCCACUUGUUUGGAGUCCUGAAAUCAUCACAGAUGCCCUGUCAGAAGUAGUAAAUCUUGGACUGCUUUGUUCUGUAGAGAAAGUCCUGCUACAGCAGGCCCACAAAUGGAAUCUGAUCUCUUUUUAUAGACUUAUUUCCCUCCCCUUUGCUGUUUUGUCUAAUGAGGGCAAAUUAACAAGUUUAACCCUUACAAAAUUACAUUCAGCCCUGUGGAUGUCUGUGAGUGAGGCUGGGAAGAGAGAUCCAAGUGCUACCUGAAUGCAGACUUACCUAGAAUAAGCCCCUUUGCUGGGGCACUGAGAAGACACAAGUCUGUAGUUCCACUGUUGCACAGAAACUGGCCAUGCUGAGGUUUUGCCAGCUUUCUGUAGUGCUGAGGAUUGCAUGCAGCAAAUGGGGCUGCUGCCAGCACUGCUGCAGGUUGUGCCAUGGUGAAGACACCCAGGGUUUUCUGUACUCACCCAGUGCCGGUGCCCAUCGUGCCCGGGCACUGCUGCAGGAGGACUCCUGGAUUGCAGAAUGAUUUCCCAGUUCUUGGUUUGUCCAGUGGCCUCAGUCUGGAAUGCCCUGAGUGUACAAAGGAGAAAUUGGAAUUCUCUCUCUGGUGUGUGGGGGUUUCCACAGAUCCAGCUUUUACAGUUGAGUUCUUUCAGUAUCUGACAUUAUAAAGCCUAGUCCUUUAACAUAACUUCUUUUUCAGUGUUUAACUGCUUUGAGAGAGAGGAAUGGCUUCCAGUCCAUCUUUCUGCUGAGUAAUACGCUGUGUGAAUAUGUUUGGACUUAUGUAACAGUUAACUUUCACUGAUAAUUUUGUCAGGAAUGUGCACAAAAUGUGUUUUUUCUCUUGUUUUUCUGUACUGUUUGUGUACCCAGGUCAGGUUCUUACCUUGAAUGCAUUUGUUAAGUGCAGUUUAUAUUUUAAAAUAUAAAAGAUGAAAGAAUUCAUUUUGAGUGACUGAGUCUUACAGCCAGCAAUAGAUUGCUAAAUGUUUUGGUAGCACAGUCACUGCACUUACACUGGUAUCUUCCAGAAAGCAGAACUGGGUCAAGCAGAAGUUCACCUGGGACUUGCAUAUUGCCAUGGAGCGUGACAAUAAAGAUGCCAUAAAUAAUG